GAGAGGUUCUCAUGAAGUGAUACUGAUUGCUUAUUUUCGGACAAAACACGGACUCAACUUCAGAUCUGACAUUUUUAAAGACAUUACCAUGGUGAAGCUGAGCAGAUGACAAUUUGACUGGCACAGAAAAUUCUGUCCUUUUUAUCUGAUAUCAUGAUUUCCACCAGAAGUCUGUAUCUUCUGACCUUCUGUUUCUGCACACUGGUAUCAGUGUUUCCUCUGAAUUCAGGUACCUCUGCCAGUACCAGUCUGUGGGGCGAGAAGGUGCAGUUUAAUGACCCUCCGUGUAUGUGGCAGCUUCAUCCAGAGGUCGUGGUGCCGGCCCUAAAUGAGCUGAGUGUGUGCGUGCUUUUACGGGGCAGUUCAUUAGCACAAUGGACGGGUUUUGUCUACAAGGCUCCAGGAAAAAACCACAUAGAGUUAGGACUUGCUGCCACAUCUGAAAGGUUGACUGUCUGGCUGUUUGGACAGUUUUGGCAAUUGCCUAAGGUACUGAAACUGAAUGAAUGGCACUCCAUCUGUCUCACCUGGUCCAGUAAAGCUCGGCGUCUUAGAUUCUACAUAAAUGAAAAGAUUAAACUCGAUGUAAACGUGGAUCCUGGAUUACCCCAGCAACUGGCCCAUAAUGGUACUCUCACUCUGGGCCAGUCUCAUUAUGUUGGAGCUGAUGGGAAUGUCUGGCCAGAAUAUGGGAACAACCUGCAAGGGGAGAUUGGUCUAUUCAGGAUGUGGGGGAAAGAAUGGAGUCCCAUGGAGGUGAGGCGGCUGGGCUGUGCGGAUGGGGACGUGCUGAGCUGGGAUCUGCGGCAGUGGAAACACGACUGCCCUCUUACGCCCGACGACAGCUUGCACUGCGAGUGGUCUCGUUACAAAAUCAAGACUUCAGUAUUCGUAGCUGAAUCCCUAAACCCUGGAAACUGCUUAGUGUCGCCAGAGGAAAUCACAAGAAACUGGCUGGAAAGCAUGUUGCCUGGAAGCAUUUCUAUCCUGGAUAUUUUUGUCUCACUCCCAAACCAAACCUGCCACAUGGUUAACACAUCUGCUGGUCCGCACGUGAAACAGCCCCAGGCAAUGGAAGAAUUAUCAAACUCCAUCUGUGGUAAAUGUUUCAGCUGUGAGGUCGACGUGAGCGUGGAUCCUGCUGCUAACGUAAAAGUGGUCCAAGACAACGUUACUGCACUACUGAAUUCGACCUUUUCCUACAACUCCCUCACCUUGACGGUUGACCUUAACAGCCUCACUGUGUUUCCUGCGGUGGCAUUCCCUGUCCUGCCAGAACCGCUGUCAUCUACCAGCACUGCUCUAACUACACCUCUAACCUCUUUUGUUGGGCCUGAUGUAUUCUUUCGAGUUAAUGUGACAUUGAGCAUGAUUGGAAACCCUACGAAACCAGAGGAGGUCAUAAAGAGAUGGGUGAAACAACAGCUUGAGAGCAAUGGUGUCAUGUCUGUGCUGAAUCUCAUCAUAAAAGAGCAAGUCAACAGGAACAUGAAGCAGUACAUAGAGGACCUGAUGAUUGUCCACAGCCAGCAGAAACAAUAUAUUUGCAAUUUCCACGUACAAACAUCCAAGCAGAACAAUGUGACAGAAAUCAAAUCUCUCAUCGAUGCAGCAUUGGCAUCAAAGUAUGAAAAUGGCUCCAUUACAAUUCAAACUAAGAUGGUAGCUACUGAGCAGAUAGUACCAGGAAACUGCUUAGAAGAACUCACGUCAACCAGCUAUGGGUCUUACAUAUGGCCAGAAACAUUUCCACUGUUUAUCGAAGAGAUGGGAUGUGAAAAGCCAAGAUCAGAGCGAGCAUACAGACAAUGCAAGUUAAACAUCGAAACUGACAGGGCCAGCUGGGCUAAUCCUGACAUGACAAACUGUGAAGUCCUAGUAACCAUAUCAGACAUUGGCAAUAUUACUGUCACACCAGACAAUGGGGCUGAAGUUGUGGGCAUCAUUCAGGAUAUUGUAAAUGUUCAGCUUGGUAACGGUUCCCAGCUCUCCUCGUCUCAGCUGGUGUCAGUGGUGGAGAAGCUCUGGGAAGUGGUCGACAUAAGCAUCAUUGAUUCUGCUAGUGGGGCGGACAUCGUCAGCAUUGUUGCUGAUAUCCUGCUUUCUGAAACUGAUGUCACACCAGUGUCCAACACCGUCCUUGAUUUGACUGAAAAAUUGGGAAACAGCAUGGAGUUUCAAGGUGAAUUGACCAGUAUAACAGCUCCGGCACUGGCUCUUUCCAUGGUCAAUGUGGACCGAGAUGAGUACGAUGGUCUCACGUUUGGUGUAUCCAUGUCAUCUGAAAUGAAUCCUGAGGUUCAUGUCAACCAGAGUUUUGAGAGCGGCCCACUCCCCCAGACAGAUGCAACCAUCUCUCUGCCUUCAGAACUCAACACCUUCUUUCCCACGGGAGUGAGGAACAGAGUUCAGUUUCACUUUUACGCAACGCAGGAUCUUUUUCAGGACCCCGGUAUAGCCAAUGCAACACAUAGCAGCUGGUCAUUGAACUCUUAUGUGAUAUCAGCCAGCAUCAACAACAGUGUUGUCAUGAACCUGGGGGAUCCGGUGGUGGUGACCCUCAACCAUCAUAAUCCAAAACAGCCAGAAGACAAGGUGCAAUGUAUGUUUUGGGAUUUCAAGAGGAACGGCGGGCUGGGUGGUUGGAACGGCAGCGGCUGCGAGACCAGGAGCAUCUCUUCCCAUCAGACCAUCUGUCUCUGUGAUCAUCUCACACAUUUUGCUGUCCUGCUGGAUGUGUCCAGAGCCCCCAUCCCUGAAGCUCACGGUCACGCUCUAACAAUCCUGUCAUAUGUUGGUUGUGGUAUAUCAUCCCUUUUUCUAGGUUUCACACUAGUCACUUACCUUGUUUUUGGGAAGCUGCGUCGGGACAAUUCAGCUAAAAUACUCAUCAACCUGUCAGCCGCCCUGCUGGGGUUGAGCCUGCUCUUCCUUCUUGACUCUUGGCUCUCGUCCUUCUCCAACUACGGGUUGUGCAUCGCCACUGCUGUAGCCCUCCACUAUUUCCUGCUAGCCUCCUUCACCUGGAUGGGCCUAGAGGCUGUGCAGUUGUACUUCAUGGUGGUCAAGGUGUUCAACACCUAUGUACCUAUGUACAUGCUCAAAUUAUGUGCAGUAGGAUGGGGUAUUCCCUUGGUGAUAGUGAGCCUGGUGCUGGCCAUAGAUAAAGAUGCUUACGGCAGCUCUCCGACUGAGAAAGCAACAGUGUCGCUUCAGUCUACCGAACACUUCUGCUGGCUGCAGAACGACAUUUCCUUCUACGUGACGGUGGUGGGAUUUAUUCUUCUGGUCCUGGUGUUCAACGCGUCGAUGUUUGUCGUGGUUCUGAUCCAGAUCAAGAAAACUAGCACCAACAAGAAGUCGACAAAGCGCAGCAGCACUCUCCGGGAGUUGAGAGCAGCUCUCAGUCUCACUGUCCUGUUAGGCCUGACCUGGUCAAUGGGCUUCUUCUCAUUCGGACCUGGCAGACUGGUCAUAAUGUACCUGUUUACUAUUUGCAAUACUUUACAAGGCUUCUUCGUGUUUUUGUUCCACUGUGUGAUGAAGGAAAAUGUUAGAAAUCAGUGGAGAAUGUCGUCGUGCUGUGGACGCUUCAGACUCAGGGAAAGCUCAGCCUGGAGCCAGUCCACGACGGUCACUACCCGCUGUAAAAGGAGCGAGCUUGAUUACUCUGAUUCUGUUGCCUCCACCAACAGCUCCUCUCUCAAGUCACUGACUCCUCAUUCCAAACAGCAUCCCAACCGGCCCAACAGAGGGCAGUAGUGGACCUCUGAAUGAGCCCAAUUGACCAAUAUUGAAGGAUUCAUGGCACACUUGCACUUUACACUGUCACCAGCCAUGAGACUUAAACACUCAACUUACAGUCGAUCCAUGUUUAAAGUGAAAAAGCCUAAAAUCUUCUGUUCACUUUCAAUGUUUACACCACUGCUUUCACGCUUGUGUCUGUAAAACACGAGAAGGGUUGACCGUUUCAGAUCCCAGAGGAAAUGUGUGGUCCAAUCAAGAUGUUUCCUAUGAAGACAUUCUAUCAAGUUCUCCUUAAUUCAUUGAAAUUUAAUUUCAAAAUGAAAGGGUCAACCUGCAUGUCUGAACAUUGUCUUUCUUUUUUUUAUUGUUUUUUUUGGGCAACAGGAUGAUUUUUUUGUGACAGUAACCUAAACUGAAACACUAUUUUAUCCAAACUAUGCAAUGUAUACGAUAUUAGAGCAAAUAAAUCUUAUCAUCAA